CCUCCAGAGAUGGAAUCCUCAGCCAUCAGUUCCACUCAGAGCGCGUUCACUGUCGCGUUGACAGAAAGACGCGCAAGCAUCAGCCUGAACGCCGCCGCUCAGGACUGCGCGCCCCCCGUGGCGCAUCCCAACACCAGCGCCGCCGCCAAAGUGCUGAAGAGACAGCGCUCCAGCUCACCAGAGCUCCUGCGCUGCAAGCGCCGCCUGAGCUUCAACGGCCUGAGCUACUCCAUCCCGCAGCAGCAGCCCGUGGCCGUGGCCCGGCGCAACGAGAGAGAGCGGAACCGGGUCAAACAGGUCAACAUGGGCUUCCAGACGCUGCGCCAGCACGUGCCCAACGGCGCCGCCAACAAGAAGAUGAGCAAAGUGGAGACCUUGAGGUCGGCGGUUGAGUACAUCAGGGCUUUACAGCAACUUCUGGACGAACACGACGCCGUGUCGGCUGCCUUCCAGUGCGGGUUGCCGUCUCCGACCCUGUCCAACAGCUACUCCGCUGACCCGGAGUCGCCUCACUCCACCUACUCAUCCGACGAGGGCGGAUAUGAGCCUCUGAGCUCCGAGGAACAGGAGCUGUUGGACUUCACGACCUGGUUUGACAGGUACUGAGCGGGACAAGCAUCCAAACUGCGCAGCGCGCGUUUGUGCGUAAAAGCGGCUGAUGUCACAGACUGUACAAAGGCGUCACGUCAGUGCUGCUCCUGGUGCGUGGACUUGAUGUGUUGUGUCUCUGUUAUCAGAGAGAGAGAGAGAGAGAGAGAGAGAGAGGGGGGGGGGGAGGGAGAUAGAGAUAGCGAGAAAGGGAGGGAGGGAGAGCCUCUUGCUGCACGGAGCGCACUGAAGCCAACAAGGAUGGAGCUGGACACGGUGUCACGUUGACACGUGGACGUAACCAAUAAGUGCAAUUAAAACGUGACACGGUGGACUGCUUUGAUGGUGUACAUUUCCCCGUUUGUAUCAUACAGCCAACACCAUAAAGACAUUAUUUUUUUGUAAACAAUGCUCUUGAACAACAUUCACUGCCAUCUGACUGACAGCUCUCGGUGAGGCGGUGUUGGCGCGUGUGCGCCACUGGACAACAGUAUCAAGGCUACAACCUGUGUGUGCCAGACCGUAGUGUAGAAGGCGAGGAGACUUCUAUGAACUGAUGUAUAUGCACUUGUUCUC